AUGAUUUUUAAUUGCUAUUUGGCGAAUUUUUCGAAACAGGAAUUUUUAAAGGAGAACGCGAGCGGCACGAUUGUUUUUGUGGAAACGAAACGAAGUGCCGACUGUUUGGCAUCAUUGUUGUCGGAAACAGAUUAUCCGACUACUUCGAUACACGGCGACCGUUUUCAAUGGCAACGCAAAACUGCUUUGGCAGACUUUAAAGCAGGAAGAAUGAAAGUGCUAAUUGCGACCUCGGUAGCUACUCCUGGUCUUGAUGCCAAAAUUAUAAGACACGUAGUUAAUUACGAUAUGCCGUCGUCAAUUAAUGAAUACGUUCGUCGUAUCGGAUGCGCUGGAAAUAAUGGCAAAGCUAGUACUUUCUUUGAUCCCCAGUAUGACUCGGCUAUUGCUGGCGAAUUCGCAAAAAUUCUAGAAGGUGCUGCCCAAGAGGUGCCGCAGUUCUUAAAUGAAUAUGGUUGCGGUGGUGGCCGUGAUAAUUCGGUUGGCCGUUUCGGUGGCAGGGAUAGCGAUGAUCAUUCUAUUACUUCUGCCGUUGCUUCUGAAGACGAAGAAGAAGACUGGAAUUAA